AUGAGAGUCCUGCUGCUGCUGCUGCUGAUGAAGGCUGGAGCAGAGAGGCUCUGGAGGUUCCAUCUGAGGCACAGCCUGAGGGCCCCAGCUCCUCCUCCUGGUUCCGCUUCGGGGCUCACACAGCUGCUGCUCUACUGUCGGGUCGGAAUCGGCUUCCACCUCCAGAUCCUGCCAGAUGGCUCGGUGGCGGGGGUCCACAGGCCUGACCAGUACUGUCACCUGAAGGUCUCCUCGGUGUCCCGCGGGACUGUGGGGAUUCGUGGCGAGGCGAGCGGACUGUUUCUGUGUCUGAACAAAGAGGGCGGAGCCUACGGAUCCGUGACGUUUACAGACGACUGCCAGCUGAGGGAGAACCUGGAGGAGAACCUCUACACCACCUACGCCUCUCACCCAGGCGUGUACUUGGCUCUGUCCCACAAGGGGGCGGCGAGGAGGGGCACGCGAGUGAGUCCCAGACAGGCCUGCACGCACUUCCUGCCGCGCAGAAUUCCAAAGUGA